UUGAAAUCUUGCCUGAAGAGUUCAAUAUUCUCUGCACACACCCAAUGUUCGGUUCGGAGAGAGGCAAAAAAGGGUGGGCAGGCCUUCCUUUCAUGUACGAUAAGGUCAGAAUAGGAAACGAUGAUAUUAGAAUCUCAAGAUGUGGAAGAUUCUUGGAUGUUUUUGCAAGAGAAGGAUGCAGAAUGGUGGAGAUGAGCUGUGCAGAUCACGACAAGUACGCAGCGGAGUCUCAGUUCAUUACCCACACAAUGGGGAGGAUUUUAGAGAGAUUCGGGUUGGAAUCAAGUUCCAUUAACACCAAAGGGUAUGAAACAUUGCUGAAAUUGGUGGAGAACACAGCCAAGGACAGCUUUGAUUUGUACUAUGGGUUGUUCAUGUACAAUAGUAAUGCCAUGGAGCAGCUGGAGAAGUUGGAGUUGGCCUUUCAGUCUCUUAAGAUGGAACUUUCUGGGGAUUUGCAGAGUCUUUAUUCAAGGCAGUUGUUUGAAGAUGAAGGAGAGUGAGAUGAGAGAAACGUGGCGCAAAAGCUGCUCCCUAAUAGUGCUUUUGGAAACCACCUCUGACACUGGUGGUAGUGUUUAUUUAUCAUUCUAAGCUGUUCAUGUAUGAUGUACCAUAAUAAUAAAACUCUUUUUUGUUGGUUUGUUUGUCCGUCA